UUCAGUAGGAUGAAGCAUGUAAGGCAUUUCACUCCAUUCUUCGUUCUCUGUUUGGUGCAUGUUUGCCUGGUUCAUGCAAAUUAUGCCCCCUAUUUCUUUGAUAAUGGACCAAGCAGCACAAAUGGGAACAUGGCACUUCUCAGCCUUUCAGAGGACACAUCUGUUGGUACACAUGUGUACACUCUGAAUGGAACUGACCCAGAAGGAGAUCCUGUAACCUAUGGAAUUAAAUUUGAAGCAGGGUUAAGAAGAUACUUUGGCAUUGAUGUGAAUUUUGGGAAUGUCACAUUGAUUGAAGAACUUGAUAGAGAGAAAGAAGAUGAAAUCGAAGUAAUAGUCAGUAUUUCAGAUGGCAUAAAUACAGUUGAUGAAAAAGUCAGAAUCCUUGUAACAGAUGCCAAUGAUGAGAGCCCUGAGUUCAUCAACACACCUUACAUAGUCCAUGUCCCAGAGGACACUCCCUCAGGGAGCAGCAUCCUCAAGACUGAAGCAGUGGACAGAGAUACAGGUUCUGGAGGAAGCAUCAACUACUUUUUACAGAACAUCCAUACUAAUAAGUUUACAAUUGACCGGCACAGUGGUGUUCUUCGCAUCAAAAGAGGGGUCACCCUGGACUAUGAAAAAUCAAGGACUCAUUUUGUUACAGUUGUUGCAAAGGAUGGUGGUGGGAAGCUCCGGGGAAACAACAAGGUGUUUUCAGCAACAACUACAGUCACUAUCAAUGUAGAAGAUGUUCAGGAUACCCCUCCCAUGUUCAUUGGGACUCCAUACUAUGGAUAUGUCUAUGAGGAUACCCUGGCUGGCUCUGAGGUACUAACAGUUAUUGCUCUUGACGGUGACAGAGGAAAGCCUAACAAUAUUCAUUACAGUCUUGUGAAUGGAAGUGAAAGCUCAUUUGACAUCAAUAAUUCAACUGGAGCCAUUUCUGUUAUAAAAAGUCCUAACCAAAUGAAGAAAGAGGUGUAUGAGCUAAAAGUUCAGGCAUCAGAACUCAGCGUGGAGGGCAAUGCGUCAGUGUAUGCUUUUGCCACAGUGAUUAUAAGAAUUGUUGAUCUCAACAAUCAUCCACCAACAUUCUAUGGAGAAAAUGGGCCUCAGAACUGGUUUGAACUGACUAUGUAUGAACACCCACCAGAGGGUGAGAUCCUGAGGGGGCUGAAAAUUACAGUCAAUGAUUCAGAUCAGGGGGCAAAUGCUAAAUUCAACCUCCGACUUGUUGGACCUGGUGGCAUAUUCAGAGUCGUUCCCCAAACUGUCCUGAAUGAAGCUCAAGUUACUAUAAUAGUGGAAAACUCUGCAACCAUAGACUAUGAGCAGUUUCAGGUGUUAUCCUUUAAGCUUCUUGCUAUAGAGGUGAACACUCCCGAGAAGUUCAGCUCAACAGCGGAUAUAGUGAUACGUCUGUUGGACACCAAUGACAAUGUCCCAAAGUUCUCAUCUGACUAUUAUAUUGCCAGGAUCCCUGAGAAUUCCCCAGGAGGUUCCAAUGUAGUGGCUGUAACCGCUACAGACCCAGAUUCAGGACUUUGGGGAGAAGUCAAAUACUCCAUAUAUGGAACAGGCACUGAUCUAUUUCUGAUCCACCCAUCAACAGGUAUUAUUUAUACCCAGCCAUGGGCUGUAUUAGAUGCUGAAGUCAGCUCAAAGUACAACUUCUAUGUAAAGGCAGAAGACACAGAGGGGAAAUACAGCUUGGCUGAGGUAUUUAUUACGGUGCUAGAUGUCAAUGAUCACCCACCAGAAUUCAAUGAGAACAUCCAGGAAAAGACUAUGAUCAUUGGGUCACCAGUGAAGAUAGAGGCUGUAGAUCAAGAUGCAGAAGAACCCAACAACAUUGUGGACUACUCUAUUAUGCAAGCAGAUCCAGCCAAUGUAUUUGACAUAAACCAAAGCACUGGGGAGAUAAAGCUGAAGUCAUAUAUCAGAUCCCUGGAUAUCAUCCACAACAUCACAAAGAACAAAGACUGUAUAUGGUCCCUGAUAGUACAAGCCAAAGACCGGGGUUCCCCUUCAUUUAGCACUACUGCAGUACUGAAGAUUGAUAUCACAGAGGAGACUCUUCACAAAGGGCCUAUGGCAGCCUUUUUGAUGCAAACUAAAGAUAACCCCAUGAAAGCCUUAGGAGUGCUAGCUGGUGUCAUGGGCAUAAUGGUGAUGAUCACAAUCAUAAUCUCUACUGUCAUGUUCUGGCGCAAUAAGAGGUCCAACAAAAUCAUGCCGGUAAGACGGAUCAUAAGAAAGAGACAGACGCAUCAGACUAGGGCGGUUAGGAUGGAGUGGCUGAAAUUCAAAAGGCCCAGCACCAUUGCAGAGAAGUUUGCCAUUGAAGAUGACACAAAGAGCCUGAAGAAUGAAAACAGCAACAAUAACAUCCAAAUUCCUUCUCCACUGCCUAGUGCCCCAAGCCCACCCCCACCGCCAAUCCCACUUCUAGCACCUAAGAAGAAUAGCACUGAAUGGAGCGUGCCCACAGUAUCAGGUUCCCUGACUCCCACGUUUAUAAACAAGCAAUUGAAAAAGAAGGGUCACAGCAGUGCCCACAAUGCCCUAGUGUCAGAGCUGAAACAGAAGUUUGAAAAAAGGAAUGCAGGCAGCAACAACCAUCACCUCUAA